AUGAUACGGGAAAAGGAGACCGAACGAAUUUCUGAAGGGAUGAGCAGAAGAGCCCCUGAGAGGGGACGCAUGGUGGCCCCUUCUGAAGUGGGGUCAAGUUCGCUAGGUGGAUGGCGGAAACGAGAACCUGCAAUCUCGAGAGCGGAUGUUAACAGUGUCGGCAGACAGAUUCAUCUGCUAGGAAAACAGAUUGAUGAGUUGAAACGGAAAGGAGAACUGGUAACUCAAAACAAACACUCGUCAUUCUGUAAUAGAAUUCUGAGGGAAAUUGUAAGUACGACCUUUAAAAUGCCAGACUUACCGAAAUAUGACGGUUUAAAGGACCCGCAAGAACAUGUGUCCGCAUUUGAUUUGGUGAUGAAUCUUUAUGGACAAUCGGACCCUAUUAAAGCAAAACUAUUUGUAACUACCUUAAUGGGGAAGGCACAAGAGUGGUUCAUGAGCUUGCCACUGGGUAGUAUUGAAUCUCAUGAACAGCUGGUGCAGAAGUUCAUCUUCCAUUUUGCGAGUAAAAGAAAGCAGAAGAGAUCGGCGACCUAUUUGUUUACCAUCAGACAAAAAGAGAAUGAGACCUUGAAAAAUUUUAUGGGCAGAUUCAAUAAUGAAACUCUGGAGGUCCAAGACUUAAGGAUUGAUAUUAUGGUAAAUAUCCUUAUCCAUGGGUUGAAAAAAGGGCCCUUCGCUUCAGCUCUAGCAAGAGACCCGCCGACUAAUGUUGAACAGUUGAUGCGCUUAGCUCAAAAAUAUAUUAAUGAGGAAGAAAUGAAUGCGAUGAAAGACGGGGAGUGGUUAGGUGCUGGAAGGACCCGCGACCGUGAACCUGGAAAAGAUGCGAAGCAAAAUACUGAUCGCGUUCGCGACCUUACCUAUCGACCAAGAUACCACCGAUACACGCCGCUGAACACCACAAGGACCAAAGGCCUGCUAACCGUAGAGAAGUCAGACAUGUUGAAAUGGCCACGCCAUACCAGAUUUACGCCUGCUAAGAAAUUUUCAGGCAAGUACUGUAAAUUUCAUCGCUAA